AUGGAAGAAGUUCUAGGAGAAUAUCAAGAAGGCUUUAGAAAAGGAAGAGGGACAAUCGAUCAAAUAUUUAUGUUGAAACAAAUCAUAGUAGGAAACUACGAAUAUAGAAUUCCUACUUAUUUACUCUUUGUGGACUUCAAAAAAGCUUACGAUACGGUGAACAGGACGCAGUUAAUAAACGUAUUGAGAGAACUAGAUAUUCCCGAAAAACUAGUGAAUCUAAUAACAAUAACAUUGAAAAACACAAUAAGCAGAGUAAAAGUAAAAGGAAAAACUAGUGACAGUUUCAAUGUUAAACAAGGAUCAGACAAGGUGAUCAACUGGAAAUUUGGGAAAGGAAGAUACUUAGGAGAAUCUUUAGAGGGAAACAAACAGAAGGAGGAUGGACACCUAGAAAGAAUGACCCAAGAAAGAGAAGUUAAGAUGGUGGCUUGGAAAAUUCCGGAGGGCAAAAGAAAAAGAGGCAGACCAAGGAAGAAGUGGAAAGAAGCGAUAGAGGAAGACCUAGCAGAAAACAAAUACAGGCCUGGAGGAAGAACGCAAAAAACCGAAGGGAAUGAAGACGCAUCUCUGUGA